AGCAUUUGUACCUCAAGCUUCUGCGACCAUGCACCUGCCAGCUCAUAUCGGAGACUACACUGACUUCUACUCUUCUCGACAACAUGCCACAAACGUUGGCAUCAUGUUCAGGGGGAAGGAGAACGCUUUGAUGCCAAACUGGCUGCACUUACCUGUUGGUUAUCACAGCCGGGCAUCGUCCGUCGUGGUGUCUGGGACACCCAUCCGGAGACCCGUGGGGCAAAUGAGACCUGACAAUGACAAACCUCCAGUGUUUGGUGCUUGUAAGCGUCUGGAUAUUGAGUUAGAAAUGGCGUUCUUUGUAGGUCCUGGAAACAAGUAUGGGGAGCCAAUUCCUAUCAGCAAAGCCCAGGAGCACAUCUUUGGAAUGGUCCUUAUGAAUGACUGGAGCGCCCGUGACAUCCAGAAAUGGGAAUAUGUCCCUCUGGGUCCAUUCCUGAGCAAGAGCUUUGGCACGACCAUCUCUCCUUGGGUUGUUACCAUGGAUGCUCUCAUGCCAUUUGUGUUGCCAAACCCUGUCCAGGAUCCCAAGCCGCUGCCCUACCUUCAGGAUAAAGAACCCUACACUUUUGACAUCAAGCUCUUUGUUGCUAUUAAAGGAGAAGGAAUGAACAUGCCAACUACUAUAUGCAGAUCCAAUUUCAAGCACAUGUACUGGACCAUGAAACAGCAGCUGGCUCAUCAUUCGAUCAAUGGGUGCAACCUCAGACCUGGAGAUCUCCUGGCCUCUGGCACAAUCAGUGGACCUGAGCCAGAGAGCUUUGGCUCCAUGCUGGAGCUGUCCUGGAAUGGAACAAAAGAAAUCCCUCUUGGCAAUGGGCAGUCUCGGAAGUUCCUGCAGGAUGGAGAUGAAAUCAUUCUGACAGGUUACUGCCAGGGCAACGGCUUCCGUGUGGGAUUUGGCCAGUGCUCAGGAAAAAUCCUUCCAGCCCUGUCGGGUCCAUGAUGACUGGAGUAAGAUGACAUCCAAGGAGA